AUGCAGAAUGGUCGACGGUCAUUGGGCAGUGGACUUACAGUAUCGGGAAGAAAUCCGUUGUGCAGCACAACAGCUCACGUACUGAGGCGACGUAGUGAACCGCUGCAUGUUACCCGGGCAGCGCAGUACAGCACACCUCCACCCCCGUACACGCCGUCUGCGCCAGUUAGCCAGGUGAUCUCUUGUGCUUUUCAGGAUAAAGCAAUUUCACUGGAAUAG